AUGGAUACAACUACUCAGUUUUUGCGAACUUUCUACUCGCAGAAGUUUGCCUCAUUUGAGGAAUUUCAAUCCAAGUUAAAGGAUUUUGAAAGGGUUCGAGACUUAUUGUUUCUAUCCUCCACUAGCUAACUGGCUCAGUGUACAUAAUCAAAAGUUCGAAGAAAUUACCGGAAACUACAGCUGACCGCGACCGCCUCGUGUACAGCUCCCUGCAAUAUGUUUGCUAUCAUUUUGGCGUUUACCAGAAUGCCCUACAUGCCCAUAGAAAUCACAGGUUCUCGGUUACCAGAAAUCCUUUAUUGAUAGAACUCCCCGAAAUAAUUGCGCUUCUAGGCUUAGCCUUGCUGCGAUGAAUGGGAAACUGUGGAUUACGAGGUACCACAUGGUACAUAGUCACCCGCCGCUUCCCGAAUCUGCAAAAAUCGAUUCCAGGGUACGCAGCCUCCAAGUACAAGAACCAGGGAAGGAAGAUAUCGUCAUAAGCGAAGGUAAGCUGCCUAAUUUACACCACCCUUUUCCAGACAUACAGGUUGUUCUGGAUGAUAUUGUUGACCAACUCCCUGUUCAUAAUUCGUCUGAGGAAAGCCCAAAAAGUAUGUCCGUUCUGUUUACUAAAAGUGCGUUUAGGUUCGUCGCCGGAUAAAAGCCCCAAGUCACCAGAGCCACCCAAAGUAACUCACGUUGAGCGAAAGGCAGCAGCGCGAGAUCGGCUUGCUGCUCGCACCAAGAAAGCAAGGGGCCUCAAGUUGGCUCCAUGCCUGCGUCGUUUAGCUGAGUUAGCCUCUUCUGGAUCUGUAAAGGAUUUCCACAAGCAUCUUGGCGAAUUGGAAGCAUUAGUAAGCAUCUGGAGGCGCGGGGGUGUCUCUUCGCUCGCUUCGGAAAGUCCAGAAGCCACAGUAUCAGAGGUAGGCGUUUCUCUGUCCUCUGUUUCUGAAAAUUCCACUGGAGAAGUCUCCGGGACCGCAAGUAAUCUCACUCCUUCGCCAAACGAAUCACUUGUCAUUGCUAAGGCCGUUCAACAGUUAUUGGAGAAACAGAAAAUGCUCGAAAAGUCUCCAGUCACAACUCCUUUGAGACCCCGCGGACGUCCAGCAAAAGUUACAAAGAUAUCAGGCCCUGGCCUUCCCCUAAACCAGACUUCAGUAACGAUACUACCAUCACCUUUGACUCCUGGAAGUGUACUUCCCGGUCAGCCAACUAGAACUUCGGCUGCAGCUGCACCCCUUGCUGCAGUCAACAUGGGAAGCAUCCCGCAGAUAACUUCUACUGCCUGUGCACUUAUCACGCAGUCUAACGGCACACAGGUCCCUGUUAGUAAUACGACCGUUCCCCUCCUUAGCGAUUCAUCAGCCGGCCAAGUGCAGUUAGUCAAUGGUUCAUCCCUGGUUGCACACAAAGCCACAGAAGGUCCCAGCACACAAGGUAAUCAGACAAUAGUUGGAUACGUGCUGCAGCCCAUUCAUUCCGUUGGAGCUCAGGGUUCUUUUGUUUCUCCAACUGUUCUCCCAUCAAACUUUAUUCCUAUUGCGCCUAAAGGACCUAUUCCUGAAGCAAUUCAGCCUUUCCAGCCCAUACUACCGCCCCCACCAAAGUCCGUCCGUCCACCGAUGCCCGUGUGUAAGCCAAAGCCGCUGAAGCCCAAACCGAAACAGGAAAAAUCAAAAUCACCUUUGAAGGAUAACCAGAAUGUUUCCGACCCUUUGACCCCCUCUCUUCAACCAUUUGAAAGUAACGAAAGCCCUCGCCCAUGGACCUCAAUGAUCAUGGAGGGGGAUUCUUGUCCGUAUUUUCUGUAUAUUGAGGACGCCAAUUUCUAUUAUUCCGCCGUCGAGGAUGCAUGGCUCCCUGUAGAUCAGCAGACCGCCGCAGUGGAAAGCUAG